AUGAGGGACAGUCUGCAGGACCUGGAGCGACAUCGAGCGCAGCUCGAAGAAAACGUCGACAAGCUGCGGAAAGGACUCCAACACUGGCGACGAUGGGACGCCGAGUAUGAGACUCUCAAAGACGAGAUAGAGUCAGCCCCCAAACCAGUCACUCAGAAAGAUCUCGCUAGGAUACGGGCCGAAUUCAAGAGCGAUGUCAUAGAUCGGAAGGAACUCGAUGAGAUCUUCGGCAAUGUCGGAAUCAAACCUGCUGAUCAGGUCGUCAAUGUUAUUUCACGACGGAUCGACUACGUCACGAAGAAUCUCGAAACCCUGGAGAAGCAGCUCGAAAUCGCCGAAGAGAAACAUGCUGCGGCAUCAAUCAUCACCGACCCUGACAUGCGGGAUGAGGAGGGCCUGCCAAUGUCAGAGAUCAUCGAGGAACUUGAUGAAGACGGCCAGGUCAUCUCAUCUCGCGUGCAGAAGCCUGGAGACGCGCAAACCCAACUGGAAGAGCUCCUGAAGAAGGCCGGCAUCAAGGAUAUACCAAAUGGAGGUCCGGCACCUGAACAGACCCCUCAGAGUGCUCCAGUGGAGCCAAAAUCUGAAGCAUUAGCAACCCAAAAGGUAUCGCCAAAGGCUCCAGCGCAAAGAGCACCAACAACGCAAGCCCCACUAGCGAAAAAGAACCUUGAAUCUGUUGGUGGACCCUCGUCAAGUGAAGGCCUCAACGAUGGUGGCACAAAGAAGAGCGUCUCAUUCACAGAGGAUACCAAAGCUGGAGAGGAAACAGAGAAGUCCAGAACAGCUGUCCGCGUCGAACAGAUCAUGCAAACCGCCAAGGAUCAAGAGCAACUGGCCCGUUCAGAAGCCGUCGUUCCUGAAGAUGAGUCGGAAGAAGACGCCUUUUUACGACGAGAGAUGCUCAAGUACGGCAUGGGUGAGGUAGGCGCCGUUGUCGCUGAAUUGACCCUGGAAGAAGCCACAGACGAUGACGAAGGCUUCGACGAGGAGUAUUCUGAGGAGGAUGAAGAGGAAGACGACGAAGAAGAUAAAUACGGUCGCUCUAUUGGCAGUGUUAUUGAUAACGAUUAUCGCCAGCGGAUGUUGGAGCUCGAGAAGCGCCUUGGCAUCAAGUCCAGAUUCACUGAACAGUUGGCUGAACAGGAUACUGAUUCUGACGACAACGAGCCAGAAGGACUGGGCCGCAUCACAAUUCAACAAGAGCCUCAGCCAUCCUCAGAAGCUCCGCCCACGGAAAUCGUUGUCUCUCCACGCGCCUCCAGCCUGAAGUCGUCGGUUGUGGAUGAUGGCGCAGAUGAGAAGAAGAGUGUACGAUUUGCCGCGGAUCUGGAUAUCGCCCCCGACGACGUUCCAUCGGCCUCAAAAACAUCGUCAGAACCGGCGAGGCCAUUUGUUGACCCCCUCAGCGACAUUGUGGAAAGAAGCGGUCCGUCGCAACGUCCAGAACAAACCUCCAAGCCAGUUCGUAAAGCAUCCCGCUUCAAGAAGAAUCGAGGCGAAGAGGCAACAGCGGGCGAAUUAGCCGUGCCCAAGGGACCACUCGAUGUUCCUGUUCGAUUCCUGGACCAGGACAGGCCCACAGCUCCGACAGGGCCCCUGGGGAAGACGAUUGCGGAGUCUGUCCUCGAGCGUGAAUCAACCUCCACCAGAGCUGGAGAGGAGUACAACGACGACUUCAUGGACCAGGAUCUCGCCGACGAAUACCACCAGAAACGCCGUAACUUCAUCCAAAAGCACGGCGGCUUCCUGCAAGAAGAUGAAUCCCCUAUUCAGCCCCUCGAUGAAGCUGAUGGUGGCCAAAAGAUGAGCAGAUUCAGAGCUGCCCGUCUCUCGAAGCAAUAG